UGCUAUUAAAAGUGUCUGAUGGCCUCAGACGAAUUUUUCGCUGAUUUAGAAUUGGAAACAUUCACACGGAAUGAAUCAAGACAAGAGAAGCCCCAACUUUCUACCACACUUAGAAAGUUGAACACCUUCUGCAGAAGACAAGCUUUUUCGUCAUAUGUGACGUCAAAACGAAAUGCCAGUAUUGGGGAUUCGAUCUCACAACCAGUUUGGUACUGUUGUGAUCAAACCUUCUGGGAACCAUCUUCUGUUCAUAAGCAUGUGGCCAGAACCCACGAAAACGAAGUCCAACAGCUCACAGAGGUUACAUUUCAGCGUUUGUUGAGCCAGCUGGAGGAUAAAAAAUGCGAAAGACCGCUUCCCAGAGAUCACAAUCAAGAAGCAGUGGAAAUCUCUUCAUGGCUGCCUGAUACUAGUUACCUAACACUGGAAGAGCUUCAAAAGGGCCCUGGUAAAGUCCUCCUCUAUUACCGUUACUUUCGGGUGGACGACCCGUACAACAUCUGCGCCUGGCAAAAGGCUCUGUGUGAGAAGCUUCAUCUAACUGGCAAGGUACGGGUGUCGACGGAAGGCAUUAACGGAACAGUUGGUGGGAGCGUCUUGGCAACUGACAUCUACAUUAAGACCAUGUGCGCCCAUGCGCUUUUCAACUCAAUGGAAGAGGACGACUUUAAGUCUAGUGAUGGUGGAGCAGAGUGUUUCUCAGACCUAAGGGUGGGGGUAUACGAGGAGAUUGUUCCCAUGGGAGUCCACCCCGAUGUCAUCUCCUAUCAGCUGGCAGGAACUCAUCUGAACCCCGAGGAGUUCCACCAGGAAGUAGAAUCGCUCCUCUCUGAAGGAGAGUCUUCUCAGGACACCGUGCUCCUCGACUGUCGAAACUUCUAUGAGAGCAAAAUCGGCCAGUUCAGUCAAUGCCUGGCUCCCAACAUCCGGAAGUUCAGUUACUUCCCAGAAUACGUUGACCAGAACCUGGACCUGUUCCGGGACAAGAAGGUCCUGAUGUAUUGCACCGGGGGUAUCCGCUGUGAGAGGGCUUCCGCAUAUCUCCUCUCCAAGGAAGUGUGUAAAGAGGUUUACCAGCUAAAAGGAGGCAUCCACAAGUAUCUGGAGCGCUUCCCGGACGGCUUCUAUCGAGGAAAGCUGUUUGUCUUCGACGGAAGAUACGCUAUUUCUUCCAACGCUGACAUCCUCUCAGAGUGCAGGUACUGCGGCGCUCCAUGGGACCAGUACCAGCUGUGUGCCACCCGGUUCUGCUGCCAGCUGGUCUUGUCCUGCCCAGCAUGCAGGGGCGUGGGGCGCACGGCCUGCUGCUCCGCGUGCCAGAGCAAGGUCCCGCCAAAGGGGGAGGAGUCUUGCGCAAUAGGUCCCGCCGUGCUCAAGGAGAAGUGUGAGUGCACCGACCGACGGCCCAGAAUUCCCCAGGAUGCGCUAUGAGGAGGAGGUCGUCACCAUCAGGGCAUUGCUCACCAGCGAGCGAGCAAAAUGAUCCGAGACUGUGGGUCAUGUGGA